AUGUCGACGACCCCCGUGGACUCGAGUGAACCGCCGUCCCAACCGCCUGACGUGGUGGCAGUCACGGUGUCAGAGGGUGUGCCAGCCGCUGGGACGAGCCAAGGCGAGAGCAACGGGAUGAAUCCUGCGACCCGGCGUGUCGACCGACGCCUCGCGAAGCUUAAAAAUCAUCAUUUGCAUGCCUUGCAUGCCAUUCGUCACUUUUUACGCACCCACAGCAGCUACGAUGUACUUCCUGUAUCCUUUCGACUUGUGGUCCUAGACAUUAAGCUGUCGGUCAAGUCUGCGCUGGAUGUCAUGUUUCAAUCUGGCGUAGUGUCUGCGCCGCUAUGGCGCUCGACCAUCGACGAAGACGACGCCGACCAUACCUCCUCGCCGCCCAUUCGCCCUGGGUUUGCGGGUAUGAUCACUGUCAACGAUAUUAUCCAUUUGAUUCAGUACUACUACCAGACGGCCGUGAACUACGACUCGGUGACUCUGGACGUCGAGACGCUGCGCCUCGAGCGUUUGCGCGAGAUUGAGCAGGCGCUCCAUGUACCCCCACCGCCGCUGCUAUGGAUCGCACCCCUUCGAUCCCUAGCUGAGGCUGGAGAGUUGCUGGUGCGUACACACGCGCGGCGUAUCCCGCUCCUUCAAUACGACGAAGAUCUAAAGAUCUUUACAGUGCUGAGUGUAUUGACACAGUACCGCCUGCUCAAGUUUAUCGCGAUGAAUUGCCGCGAAGUCACAGGCUUGAAGGCGACGAUCGGCUCGCUGGGCAUCGGGACGUAUACCUAUGCGCACCAACUCGAGCGCCAGAAACGUACGCCCCAUGCGCGUUUGCGAAUGACGGCGGGCCCCCCACCCAAAGACGCCGGGCCGUACUGGCCAAUGCUCACAGCGACACUCGACACGUCGGUGUUUGAUGUCGUGCAUCUGUUUAGCGAGAACGAAAUCAGUGCCGUCCCGAUUAUCGAUGAACAGGGCGACGUGGUGGAUAUCUACGAGUCGGUGGACGUCAUUACUUUGCUGCGCACUGGCGUGUACAGCCAGCUGGACUUGACGAUCCGGCAAGCGCUGGACCGGCGGCCUGCCGACUACACGGGCGUCGCCUGCUGUACAUCCAACGACUCGCUUGCGAGUGUCUUUGCCGUGCUCAAGCACCGCCGCAUGCACCGUAUGCUGGUCGUUGAGCCGAUGGCCGAUGCUGACGAAGAGCGGGCGUUGCCCAAGGCGCCCAAUGCUUCGUUCUUGGACGAUGCCGACAUAUCGUUCCCACUGCGACCCAAGUGCAAGUUGGUCGGUAUGCUAAGUCUCAGUGAUGUGCUGCGGUACAUUAUCGGCAAGCCUACCGCGCCUGCGCCUACGCCAGGCGAGCCUUCGAGCACGAUACCCUCCCCUACGUCUGCGACGCCCGGGACGCCUGUGACGCCUAGGACACCGGAGACCCCGGCAUCCUAG